CAGGGCCCCGGACCCCAGCUUCUCCUCCUGGAGGUCACGAUAUCUCCCGGAGUAACUUGGAACUCUGUGCUCCUGGCCCCUGGGCGUGGCUCCAGCACUCUCUUGGGUUCUGGAAGCUUCUGCAGGAAGAGGCGCCCACUGAGAAGGAAGACGCCUCCCACCCUCCCCCUCCCAUCAGAAAGUCCCGCCGGCCCCAGGGUCUUCUCCAGGGCUGCUGUUCCCACCACUCACCGAGGAACCCCUCCCCCUCCUGUCUAGGGCCAGACCCCAAGCCUCACGCGCUGCCCCGUGUGAAUCCCUGCCCGGCAUGGCGGCCCUCUUCUCUGCGGCGGGCAUCUUGGCCAAGUCCGUCUCCUCCAAGGCCCUGGCAGCGGCCAGUCUGGCCAAGGCGGGGGGCAUGGCAGUCUCGGGCCAGGUCCUGACUGGCCUGUCCUCCGUGGGACAAGCCGCGGCCUCCAAAGUUGCCCUGAAGUCAGCCAUAGCCACGCUGGGUCCGUGGGUGGCGUCACUGAAGGCCUCGGCUGCUGUGGUGGGGUCCUCUGCCGCGACCGUGGCGACUUCCUCCCUUGCAGCGGUGGCAGUGGGGUCCGUGCCCGUGGUCCUGGGCGCCGUGGGCUUCACUGCGACCGGCAUCACCGCCUCAUCCCUGGCGGCCAGUAUGAUGUCCAGUGCGGCUGUUGCCAACGGGGGCGCGGUGGCCGCCGGCAGCAUGGUGGCCGUUCUACAGUCAGUGGGGGCCGCAGGACUCUCCACCACCUCCAAUGCUCUUUUGUUCUCUUCUGGGUCCGCUCUUGGGGCCUGGCUCUGGGGUCCAGGGACGUCCUCCUCUUCUGAAGAGGAAAGUGAAGAGAACUCCGAGCCUCCUCCCAACCACCCUUCACCUGAGUCCUGUGAAGUAUCUGUCACAGCCCAGACUUGCACCAUUGAGGAAUAAAGACAGAAGCUGUGGCCUC